UCCAGCAAAGAUUCUUGAGCAUGGCAGCCCAAACCCUGUGAACUCUGAUGGAGAGAGGCUGCAAAAACCAGAACCUGCAGUGCGUUAUGCUAAUCCUCCUCCACUCACAAGCUAUGAGUAUCCAGACUUGCCCAUAGCCAAAAACAGACAGGAGCUGAUUUCCCUCAUAGAAAACAACUCUGUAGUGAUCAUUCGAGGAGCCACAGGCAGUGGCAAGACCACCCAGCUGCCACAGUACAUUCUGGACUAUUACAAUGAGAAAAAUGCCUCAUGCAACAUUGUAGUCACCCAACCACGUAAAAUUGGAGCCACCAGUAUUGCUCGAUGGGUUGCCAAACAGCGGAAGUGUACCCUGGGUAGUCUGGUGGGAUAUCAGAUUGGCCUGGAGAAGAUGGCAACUGAGCAUACCCGACUAAUCUACAUGACUACAGGAGUGCUGCUGCAAAAACUGGUUCAGGCCAAGUCCCUCACUGAAUUCUCCCACAUUUUUGUGGAUGAGGUUCAUGAGCGCACAUCAGAAAUGGACUUUCUCCUGCUAGUUUUGAGAAAACUCCUCCGUUCCAACUCUUACCACAUCAAGAUAAUCCUUAUGUCAGCCACCAUUAACUGCAAGCAGUUUGCUGACUACUUUGCCACUCCUAUUCGUGGCAAACUGAACCCAGCCUAUGUGUUUGAAGUGGAAGGGGCAUCCUAUGCCACUGAAGAUUUCUACCUGGAUGACCUCCACCACCUGUCUCCGUAUAGGACUGAAUCAGCACAUCCAGGCGACCCAUACAUCUCAGCAGAUAUGUACAGUCUUGCCAUCAGUCUCAUCCAGAGCUUUGAUGAAAUGGAGGGCAAAAAUUCCAGCAAGGCCGAGAAAGAGGGAGGCAUGACUUUGUCAGAGAGAGGAAGUGUUUUGGUUUUCCUCCCUGGCAUACAUGAGAUAAGCUACAUGCAGGAGGCCUUGACCAAGCUGGUUCACAAAAG